AUGCGAUAUCUGAAGACUGUGGCCCUCUCUGCCGCCCUCGUGGCUGCCCACCCUGCUGCCUCCAACAUGGAGGACUCUGCUGCCCUCAACAAGCGAGGUGGCUACUACCACCAUGACUCCUGGCCUUACUACAGACCCCAGAAGGACAAUUGUGACCCCAAGAUCGUAACCCAGCUCGUUACCUCCUGGAAGGAGUCUCCUGUCGUCACCAAGACCAACACUGUCACCUCUUGGAAGGAGCCUGCUACCGUUACUGUUACUAAGACUGAGCAGGGCCAGGUGAUCGUCAAGACUGUCUACCCCGACAACCCCAAGCCCACCCACUGGGACUGGGACCAUAAGGACCCCGAGCACCACUGGGACCCCAAGGACCCUGUCGACCCCAAGGACCCCGAGCACCACUGGGACCCCAAGGACCCCGAGCACCACUGGGACCCCAAGGACCCUGUCGACCCCAAGGACCCCGAGCACCACUGGGACCCCAAGGACCCUGAGCACCACUGGGACCCCAAGGACCCCGAGCACCCCGUCCCCCCCAUCGACCCCGCGCUGGUCGACCCCUCCGACGUGUCCAUUAAUGAUGUAUCCGAUGGUCACGACGGAAACAACAACGGAGUAGGCAACGGAGACUACAACGGUAACGACGACGGUCAGAGCAACGGUGACCACGGUAUCAACGGUAACGACAACGGUGACGGCGACGGUUACGAGAACGGUAACAACGACGGUAACGGCAAUGGCGCCGGCGGUAUCAACGGUAACGAGAACGGCGAUGGUGACGGUUUGGACAACGGUAACACCGAUGGAAACGGAAACGGUGACGGUGGUAACAACGGCAACGGCAACGGUGACGGUGAUGGUGCCAACAACGGAAACGACGACGGAAACCGAAACGGUGAAUUCGGAAAGGACGGCAACAACAACGGCGACGGUGACGGCUUCCAGAACGGAAAUGACGACGGAAACGAUAACGGCGAGUACGGCACCAACGGUAACGACAACGGUGACGGAGACGGUAUCCUGAACGGUAACGGCGACGGUAACGAGAACGGCGCAGACGGUGUUAACGGAAACGACAACGGAAACGGAAACGGUGUCGCCAACGGAAACAACGACGGAAACGGCAACGGUCCUGCUGGCUACGAUGGCAACAACAACGGCAACGGCAACGGUUACGAUAACGGCAACAACAACGGUAACGGUAACGGAGCCGGAGGCUACAACGGUAACAACAACGGCAACGGCGGAGGCAAGCACAACGGCAACAACGACGGUAACAACAACGGCCCUGGCGGCAACUUUGGUAACAACAACAAGUGGGGAAGCGGAUUCGGCAACAACAACAAGUGGGGAAGCGGAUUCGGCAACAACAACAAGUGGGGAAGCGGAUUCGGCAACAACAACAACAAAUGGGGAAGCGGAUUCGGCAACAACAACAAGUGGGGAAGCGGAUCCGGCAACAACAUGUGGGGUAGCGGUGGUCGAUUUGGCCGAUCUUAA